AUGAAUACAUCUGCUCUUUUCAAUACCGCGACCGCUUACGAGAACCUAAUGCUUCGAAGGUGGCCAUUGGAUCCCUCCGCCAUGGCUCUGAGCCCUUUCGUUGUUGUCUUCCCUCCUUUUCCUCCGCUAACAGCCCCGAGCGAUCUUCUGAACGCAAGAAUGGCGGCGCCACCAAUUCUCACGCAACGCACAUCUACUCUGUUUUGCAGCGAUGUCGACGCUGCUGGUGGAGGAAGUGGUGUCCCAUCUACCAGUGCCGUCGACCUUCUCAGGAAAGCCAGUGCGAGACUGCCGAACGUGGCUCCUCUGUCACCUCCUCGGGAUCCUCGAUCGUCCUCUCCUCAAAAAACCACCUCCGCGACGAAACCCAAGAUUAGCAAGAAGGAUCGAGUACUUUCCAAGGUUUCUUUCAUGAAAGCCGAACGCACCUAUAUCGAUGAGGUGCAAGGCAUUGACAUUCUGUGUGGACGUGGGGGUAGAUCAAACCAUCACCCUGGCAACAAACAGUAUCGGCAGGUUGUCAGUGAAAUGAAACAGUACUACCGAGAAACAGAAGGGAAAUCAGGGAAAACAGAACUGAGCCGAGCCAUCGUUGAUCACGUUUGUGACGAUGGUCAAAGGUUCGUCAAGAAAGACGAGUCUGUGGGUAGAUAUUACAUACUCUCCAAGGCUGAAGCGAGGAAGAAGACAAGCCAAGCUCUUCGGGAAACCAAGAGUCUCAAGUGGACUGAUUGCUAG